UGCUGCACAGUGAAAGCGUCAGUCUCAGGUUCACCGACUGAUGAUGGACACAGUGGAUUGGAUUUGAAAUGUUUAUUAUUAUAGAGAUAUUUGUAAAAAUAGGCCAACUAUCGAUGCUGGUCAUACACUAAGAAUAUUAACCCCCGAGUGGGUUUUGAAUAGUAUUAGCUUGCGUGAUUGUAUAGCAAGCUAUCAACAGGAUACAUAAUCUAGCUAGCCAUGGUUCUAAUGAUGGAAUCGCAAUGCGAGUAUUUUAUGUAUUUCCCUGCGGUUCCCAUCACGGACCUGUCGGACCCGUCAAAAUACCGAACUCUCCCCCGGCGCAGUCACCUCUACCUCGGCGAAACGGUACAGUUCUUGCUAGUCUUGCGGUCCAGAGAUGGAGCGUCGGGCUCGAGCGGGACAAAGGGAAGCGAGUCAGGUGACAGCGGUACCCGGGCUUGGAGGGAGCUGGUACGGUCCCUCUCCGCUGUAGCAAGUGUCUGCCCCGGAGAGAGCCGACAUCGCUCCCAACUUCACCCCCACGAGUUCCAGAGAAGCUACAGCGACGACUGUGUAGACGAGGAUCCAGACGACGUUGACUUUGAAGCGGGAACAGUCCACACAGCCAGAAGGGAGUCAAGGAACCGAGGUUUCAGAGAAUGCAAGCCGCUUCUCAUACACAAUAAUACGGGGCGUGAUGGACGGCAGUAUCGGCGAGCACCGGUUCAGUCACCGAUGGACGAGCCAGUGGUAUUGAACGAGGAGGUCAUAUUCCCUCUGACUGUCUCAUUGGACAAACUCCCCGUCAACACACUCAAGGUCAAGAUUGUAGUGACCGUGUGGAAGCAGGAGGAGGAAAAGGCAGAGAUCAGGGAACAUGGUUACCUCACCAUCCUACAGCUGAGGAGCCCCACACACACCUUCAGACAAGACCUUAAUACCUUCAAAGCCCAGGUCAGCACCACGUUGAGUGUUCUUCCUCCACCAACUGUGAAAUGUCAACAGAUGACUGUCUCCGGGAAGCACCUGACCAUCCUCAAAGUAUUAAACUCCAGUUCUCAGGAGGAGGUCUGUGUGAGGGACGUGAGAAUCAUUCCUAACUUCAAUGUGUCCUACCUCCCCAUGAUGCCUGAUGGCUCUGUGCUUCUGGUGGACAAUGUCUGCCACCAAUCGGCAGAGGUUGGAAUGGCGUCGUUCCACAGGAUGAACAGUAGCUCCUCUCACCUUCCCAGCAUGCUCUCUGCCCUGGAGGAGCAGAACUUCCUGUUUCAGCUGCAGCUCAGGGACCAGCCGGAGGAAGAGAGCAACGAGGGUCUGGAGGUUCCUUUGUUAGCUGUGCUGCAGUGGUCAACCCCUAAACUUCCCUUUACCAGGUACAUCUCCACCCACUACCAGCUGCCCAGCGUGAGAAUGGACCAACCCCGGCUGGUUAUGACAGCUUCCUGUCCCAGUGCUGUGCAGCCUCAGGAGCACUUCCGGGUAAAAUACACCUUACUAAACAACCUGCAAGACUUCCUGGCUGUAAGACUGGUCUGGACGCCCGAAGGUCGUGGUCGUCAGGAGGACCCCUCUGUCAGUUCUGUGGUAUGUCAUUCCCCCCUUAACAACCUGGGCCAGUGUCGGAAAGGAUCCACCCUCUCCUUUACUGUCGGCUUCCAGAUACUCAAGGCAGGACUCUUCGAGUUAAGCCAGCACAUGAAGCUGAAGCUUCAGUUCACAGCGUCCUGUUCCAACCCCCCUGCAGAGGCCAGGCCCAUGUCUCUGUCCCUGUCCAGGAAGAACUCUCCCUCCAGCCCUGCUGUUAGAGACCUGCUGGACAGACAGAGUCUGGGAAGAUCACAGUCCUUCUCUCACCAACAACCAUCACGGUCACAUCUUAUGAGGACGGGCAGUGUGAUGGAGCGCAGGGCCAUCACCCCUCCAGUGGGAUCCCCAGUGGGUCGACCCCUCUACCUCCCCCCCGAUCGGCCGGUCCUCUCACUGGACAAGAUCGCCAAGAGAGAGUGUAAGGUACUGGUGCUGGAACCUGGAAGAGACUGAGAGACAAGUCGAGAGACAGGGAGAGGUGGAGGAAGAGAGGGGAGUGCUGGUGCUUGAGCCAGGUAGAAACAAUGAGACUGUGAAGAUGGAAGGGAGGAAGAAGGGAGACAUAGAUAGAAAAAGGGAGAGAGAGAGAGAGACAUCUCUCAUGCUGAACAUUUCCUACAUCCUACAAGGCACGCAUGAACAAUGAUUUACCAGACAGACAGAUAGACUAUCUGACACACACUGAAUGAUUGACUGUACGUGAGCCACAUCAUUUGAAGACACUGGAGAAGUUACUUUCAACAACAUAAUUUCACAUUUUUAUCUCAACAACAUUUGAUGUUUUUAUAUCACUGUAAUGUCAGCAUUCCAUUUCAUUCCUUGUUUUAUUCCUUGUGUAAUGCUGUAAUUUAAUGUGUAAAUAAUUGUUAAGGUUUUAAACAGGGUGAAGACAGAUCCAGACUAUUUGUAGAAGCAUUUUGAGAACUUUUUCACUGUAGAUUACUGUGUUUACCGUACAGGGUUAUGGUAAUAGUCAAUACCUUGUUAAUACAUAUUGUUAUACACUGGUAUACAUUUUACACAGUAUAUGUCAUGUAAUACUUGGAUGUUAGAAUUAUUUUUUUUGUGAAAAACUGGAUUAUGUUAGUGAGAAACUGGAUUUUAAGAGUCAAAAACUGGAUUUUAAGAGUCAAAAACUGGAUUUUGUUACU